AUGUUGGACCUGGUAGAGCGCUUGAGCACAAUAAUCCGACCCGAGCGUUGGGAAUGCAAAAGAAGGCGCUUCAAGUCAUUCGCGCAGUGUACGUCGAUGCAAACGUAUCGAUAUUUCAUCGUAGCGUUCAAACGGCGAUUUUGUGUAUGAUUUUGUGCAAAAAAAUUAAUUCGGAUAUUUUAUGCAAAUUUUUAUUUUCUUCCAAUGUUCUGUGGAGUAAUUUGUGAUUACCAUUAAAUGUUUGUUGAAGCAUUUUUUGCAUGUUUUAAAAAAAUUGUGAAGAGUUCAAAGUUCAGAAGGCAAGAAAAAACACUAUAAAGUGCACGGACAAUGUUAAAUUGAACAAAAAACAACGAAAAACCGUUGUUGAAAAGAAAUUUUUGAAAAAAAAGGCAAAAAAGUGUGGUGCCAUUAAUUGUAAUAAAUUUUAUCAAUAUAUUAUUACACGUAUAUCGUAUUUAAGUGGCGGGAAGAGAUAAUUCAAAAAAAUAAUUUAAACUUUUGGGUAGUGGAGCAAUAAUUGAACAAUUAUUUGGUCAAAAUAUCUCUGGAAGAUAAGACACAUUACAUGGGGCUUUUUGAGACAAUUAACUUUGCUUUCGAGAAGCAUUCACGGUCAAGGUGAAUCACACAUGUUAAAGGUGAUUAGUGACUUGGGAGUUUUAAUGAAAAAUUGUGCUUAUUAAUCACAAAAAUAUUUGUGACAGUUUAAGAGGGAAUUUAUUCAACGCUAAAAUAUCCACACGAAUUAAAUUAAAAAAAAAGAGAAAAAACUGUUUAAUCUCAUUUCUAUAAGUUCCUAAAGUUUUGCGACGAAUCUGCUUGGAUAACUGCUCAUCGCAAACGAAGCAUCAACAAAACAACAUUUAAAAGAGACAUUAGUAGGGAACGGUGUUCCAAAAGAAGUUAUCUUUUAAAGGAAAGUAAAGCGAGCCCCCGUUGAGAGGCUCGCGCACAAAAACUUUGCAAAAUUCGCGUGAAAAAUCGUGAUCCCGUCCCUGUUUAUGUUGCUAUGGACGGUGGACGGAUCGAUAGAGACUCUGAUUUAGGUGACGAUUCUCCAAUGUCUCACACAGACGAACAAUCAGACGAGCGGGAGGAUGACAUGAGAGAUUGCGAUUCCAGCGAUGAAGGAGUGAAUGUUAAUGCGAAUAGUACACCGAUGGUGUCCUCAGGAAUGGAUUAUCCGAGGAGUCCUGAACAUCCGUCUGAAUCACAUUUGAAUGCCCCGCAUCAUUUUGGCCAAAAUCAUCCUCUUGGGGUCUUGGGUAGCCUAACUGCCCUCAAUAUGGGUGUUCCAGGCCUCCAAGGUCUACAGGGAUUGCAUGGUUUGCAACAUGGGGACGUUCUUGAGAAGUUGAAGAUGCAAGUUCGUGACAUGAAAGUCGGAUUAAUGGACCAAGAAUUCGCCUUGCAUGCACCAUUUGGGGGUGCAUCAAUGCAGGCACCACCUAAUGUUCCAUUCUCAAUGCCCCCACUUGGGGGGAAUCAUCGCAAUAGUAGUGGAGAGCCACAGAACUUGUCUUCACAGCCGCAGACAAAUUCAUCAAAUGGGUUUCCAUUCACACCACCGAAUGCACCCAAUAGCAGCACUAAGGAUGCCAAUCCAGGAUCAAAUUCCUCAACAUCAAGUGAAGCAUCCAAUUCGUCACAGCACCAAAAUGGAUGGAGCUUCGAGGAGCAAUUCAAGCAAGUUCGACAGUUGUACGAGAUCAAUGAUGAUCCCAAACGAAAAGAAUUUCUCGAUGAUCUAUUUUCAUUCAUGCAAAAACGAGGAACUCCCAUCAAUCGUUUACCGAUAAUGGCAAAAUCAGUGCUGGAUCUCUACGAAUUGUACAAUUUAGUAAUCGCACGUGGUGGUCUGGUGGAUGUGAUCAACAAGAAGCUGUGGCAAGAAAUCAUUAAGGGUCUCCAUCUACCCUCGAGUAUUACGAGUGCUGCUUUCACACUUAGAACGCAAUACAUGAAGUAUUUGUAUCCGUAUGAGUGCGAUAAGAAGAAUCUGAGCACACCGGCUGAACUUCAGGCUGCAAUUGAUGGCAAUCGACGGGAGGGACGUCGUUCCAGCUAUGGACAAUUUGAUCCACAAAUGCAGGGUCAAUUGCAAAUGCCCCCCGUUCAACGUUCGCCGGUUACUUCCAACAUUCAGCAAAUGUCCCCGCUCUCCCUUGUAACACACGGUAAUGCACCAUCCGCCCACCAUAGGUUGAUGGGGGCCCCCACGGUGGGGCAGAUGCCGAAUAUUGUGCCGCAUGAGUUGGAGCAGCGUAUGAUGGAGUACAUCAAGUUGUUUCAAUCUGCAAAGGAACCCCGCCGAUCACAGAGUCCUGAACUGUCGCGGGAGGCCCUCAAUGCACUUGAGAUGUCACGUGUAGCCAUGUGGUCGAUAUACAACAAUAAUGCCAGCCCACCGACCCCCCUGAAUACAGCUAGUCCGCCGGGGACUGAACCACCCCAACGGUACAGUGAAUUGCUAUCACUGAUGAAAAAUCACCUCCCAUCCUUAUCACCGUGUCUGGCGCUUUCUUCCAGGGAGGCACUCAAUCUCUCUGAAUCACCACCCCAUGUGGCGGUUAAGCGUGAGCGGGAUCACUUGCUUGGCACCUCGGACUACACCCAUGAUGGUGGCCGUGACCGUGAGUAUGGGCAGCCUCCCAUCAAGCGGGGAUUCCAUCCCUUUGCCACCCCGAGUGCAACCCAUGAAGCCGAACCACCGCAUCCUGCCGAACGGACACCUGAGUCACCGGUCCUGCAUACAAGCCAGCGCAAUGGCAAUGCCCUGGAUAGCAAUCAUGUUGACAAGAACAAUCGCCAUCAAAUGAACCAAAGCAGCGGCUCAGACGCAUCUGUGCCCGUCAUUGCGGGAAUGCAAUUUAAACUAACACAAAAUAAUGGUGAGCAGCAAGUCGUAGUGACGAUGGAGGUAAAUGGAAUGCUUUAUGAAGGGAUUCUUUUCGCCCACUCUCCUGCCUCCGCAUCGUCUGCUAAUGCAAAUUCAGCCGAUACGUCGUCAGGAGCAGUGGGGAAGACCCGCGAUGAUGGCAGUUCGCCUGCUCCGGACUCCCAAACCACGAACAAUUCCAUGGAUGAACGAUCCAGUCGUGCGCCACGCCCGCUUGUAUCUUCAUAAAUGCUCUUCUGCUGUAUUUCCGGAACUAAACUCCGACUUCAAAAAAAAAAAUGAAAGUUUAUCAUGAUUUUAUAGCAUAAAAAUAUGCCACAAUACACUACUUCAGAUCUUAAUAAAAUA